ACAGAACACUUCUGAAUAUGUUAGGAACGUUAGAUCCCAGUAAGAAGCCAGACUGGAAAAAGCACUUACCAUCUCUUGUUUACGCGUACAACUGUACUAAACAUGAAAGUACCAAAUUUUCCCCUUUUCAACUUAUGUUUGGACGAACACCAAAAUUACCAAUAGAUUCUGUUUUUGAAACUGCCAACGAAGAAAUUACGAAACAAACGACAACUGAAUAUGUAGAAGAACUUCAAAAACGACUCGAGACAUCAAGAGAAAUAGUGAAUUGCUUUGCAAACAGAUCUCGUGAAAGACAAAAGGAACACUAUGACAAGCGUGCAGAGGCUUCAAAGAUUAACGUAGGAGACAAAGUCCUUGCUAAAAUACUAGCAUAUGAAGGUCGUAACAAAAUUGCAGACAAGUUUGAAGAACAACCGUACAUAGUAACAGGUCAACCAAAUUCAGAUAUUCCCGUUUAUGAAGUUACAUCAAAAAAUGGAACAACAAAAGUGCUACAUAGAAAUAAGCUACUACUCAUUGGAAUCACAGACAGUGAUACCAAUAAGAGUAACAAAGAAGAAAAGAAUAAGAAAGAUGAUAGUAGUGUAAAGCCUAUUUCUAAGCCUAGGAAAAGACUAUCAAAAGAAGCAGCUGCUGAAAGAGAUAAAGUGAUUGAGAUAACAGAAAAAGAGGGUACUGGUAGAACAGAAACAGACAGUGAGUCUGAAGAUUCAGAUAUUGAGUUUGUGUCACCCACAAAUCAUGGUAGGGACGCCUACAUGUCUGAAAAGAAAGAUGAAGAUGUAGAAACAUUAGAAAUAGAAGAAAGUGCAGCAGAUGAAACAAACACUGUUGUAGGAGAAACAGAGGUUCUUAUUGACGAUUUAGAAAUAGAGGAUGCUAGUGGUCAGACAGACAACAUAGCAACAGAUGUAAUUUCGACAGAAGAUGAAGAAACAGAAAGAAAACGAUUAGAUAAAGCAGAAGGAGGGACAGACAUAGUAGUACAUAAGCCAGAAGACGGGAAUACUGACACUAAACAAACAAAGAAACAAAAACAGAAACAGAAAAUUGACUUAAAGAAACCACCAAAGCCACCUCCAAGAAGACCUCAAAGAACACUUAAAAAGCCUGAAUGGAUGAAAGACUAUCACAUGAAUCAGAUCACUUGUAGAACUCUUGAUAAUAGAACAGAUGCUUUAAACCAACUACUCGAAUCAGGGAUUUUAAAUACUGUCAGUACGGAUAUAGCAAACAGAUUAUGGGAAGCAGUGAUGAAAUAAGUGUGAAAAGAAAUUGAACGGAUAUGAAUUAACUAUUUUAGUGAUUAAACAAUGACAUUGAAUGUUUUAAUCAAAGUCUCGGAUUGAAUUUUAAAGUUAUAGUUGAAGUUAAUUGUGACAAAUAGAUAUACACUUUGAGAUAAUUAAGUUGUUAAGCUAGUCUAAAUAUAUAGAUGUAGAUACUUAACAUUUAGUAAAUAAUUAGUUUUAUUUCAGGUCACAAAGCUGAAGCUUGUGGAUGAUUACAGGAAUUGUGAGGACACAAUUUCUCGAGCAGGGGAGGAAAGAGGAUUUUUUUUUUUUUUGUAUUUUGUGUACUAUAUAAUAUACACAAAUUUGUUUAUAUAUUGAAUAAUGUCAGCAUUUAUUUCUUGCAGAUGAACAAUGCACAGUGGUAUUGUUUAUAUAUAUAUAUAUGAUAGUUAAGAUACUUUGAGUAUAUUUUUGCUUUGUGUAUUAUUAGUACUUAGAGUAUUGGUAAAUUUAAGAUAUAUUAGUUUUUAGUUUAAAAUUAAAAAAUGUUCAGAUUGAAUGAUGGGACAUCAUUUUCCGGAGAUGGGGAGAAUGUAGCAGUGCCAUUAUUUUGAUAUAUAUUUAAUAUGUUGUUUUAAUCUGUAUAGUGUCUUUAAACAUUUACAGCUGAUAAAUUAGACAUGGGUCUUUAAUGUAAUUGAAAUGUGUUCAGCAUUUCCAUGCUUUUUUCAUGCAUAGUUAUUUUUAGGCUUGUUUACUUGGUUAAUCAGCCAAUCAUAUUGUCGAAUUGGUUGAAAUGUGUGGUCACAUGACUAGUAGUUCUGUGCAGAACAUAUUGAUGACAGCUAUAGUGACAUGUACUUUUGGGAGCUGUUAUAUAUUUAACUGGGUUUUAAGAUUUGUUUGGAUUGUUUGGAUUCAGCACAGUUAAUACAGUUGCUGCACAGAGAACAGUGUGUUUGUGUGAAGUCAGAUGUCAGUAGAAUGUAGGAAACAAAGGGGUACUUGUGUUACACAUAAGACCCAACACUCUAUUACAGUGUUUUCAAGUGUAUUCUAUAUACAAGAGAAUGAUGUAUUGUUUGUAUUAUGUAUGAUGGACAGAAAAGUAAUAAACAUCUAGUAAACUA